GGUUCCGUUGCUUGUGCUUUUUACUGUGCGCACAGGCUGGCUCCGUCUUGGCUCGGUGUGCCGGCAGAGCUCCGAGAGACCCACCGCAAGACCCGGAGAGCCCCUGCUGCAUGCAUACAUCCCAAAACGGCAAUACAAAUUUCUCGGUAAGGUAAGGUACGAUCUAGGCAGGUAAGCUACGAGAGGCAGGCAUACACCGAGCAAAUCUUGCCGCUGUUGAACCUACUUAUGUUUACUAGCUCACGGAUUCGCCACAUUUACCAUGGUAACUUACUAUACCGAGAUAGCAUCAUGUUGAACUAGUCGCACUCAAUGGCAAACAUAUUGCACUUCUAUAUCAGACACCCGAAGAGGUUAACCAGCUUGCCCAAGUGCAUAGAUUGGUAUUUUUGCUCAAAUUUUUACCGUCUUGCAAAUAUUUGAAAGCCCAUCCUCGCCCGCUUUGCUUUCUCUACCUGUUUAUCUUACCUACUUAUUUUUGGCCAUUUCUCUCUCACAUGGAUCUUGAGAUUACGUUCUCCCACCUAAGUACCUAGAAAUGGACACAGACGCCUGUAGCCAACCGUCCAAGGUUGACAGAUGGCUGAACCAGCUCAUUCCUCCGGAUGUCUCUGGUCGCAAUUCGCCACGCAAGGUGGCGCGAAGAAAGCAUCAACGCAAAGACCAAGGUCUUUACAGGGAUCCCACUCCGGAUCAGAAAGUCAAUAUCCCAGCGGAUUCAAAGAGGGCGCACGAAGCUCAUGGCCAGUGUGAAGAUUCAGUAGUCGAAGACAGAAGGGUUGAAGUUGAGAAAUGGAUCUCAAGAACUGCAACGAGCCCAGGAGCGACUCGACAGCGCCCAUCUAGUCAUAUAUCUGGUAGUUACGCCUCGAGAAGUCCUCACCAGCUCCCACAGCGUCGACAUAGUACGGAACAUCAAAUCUUGGCAGGUAAUGCUGGUCACAAGCGCAGAAGGUUGCCAUCAGAGGCUAGCUAUGAGAGUACACCAAAGCAGCACAUCGAAAGACCACCCCAGUUCGAGAAGCGGCCUCGGCACAAGACUCGCGAAGAUCGGUACGAUACGCACCACAGCAAACACCCACGAAAAGCCACCGAAGCCAGAGCCGACAGCAACAUUGACAGGGAUAGGCAGAGGUCCAGGAAAGCCGCCUUGUCAAAACCUUCGCGUGACGUGGUGGCCAAGUUUACAUCAGAUGCUAUCCUUAGCGAGCGUGUGACUACACAUCCAGGACCAGGUCUGUUCGGCAAACUCAACAGCAUCAAGCGCCCCCUUGUCGAUCUUGAAUUCCAUGAAAUGAAUUUCCUGCAAGCUCCAUGUGAAGAUCCGAGUGCCAAGAACCCAUCUCGUGCUCGUGUACGCGAGAGGAAUCGACAAGACAGGCUAAACGAGGAGGUGUCAGCAUUCUUCACAAAAGCAGCCCCUGUAUCUACAGGACUACGUCAAGAACACCAUAAGCCAACAACGCCUGUUGAAUAUUGGACGAAUCCGGACCGCGUUUCUGCCAGAAGAUCGGAUUCGUGUCUACCUCAAUCACGUUCGGGAAGUGCAGGCAGAGCGACAGUACGGAUUUUAAAAAAUCAUCCGAGUGAGAGUUCCGGUGGCAUUUCGUCGCCUCUCAGACGGGAGUUGCUACAGAGGUUGGAGCAGGUAGGGUGCGCUGACCUAUGUAAAACAAACUCUUCACUCAUAGGAAGCUCCUCCAUGGGCAAUUUCACACGCUCCAUCAUAGAGACCGGCGUCCUCGACGGCACUGGCUCUCCACGAAGGCUAAGCUACACACAGCCCCCGAAUCACGCAAACCUUGAUUUUGAUUCCUCCCUGCUGCAGACUGUAGCAAACACAUAUCUUCCCACAGUAACCAUGAGCGGGUGGAACCAUCAGCCAAAAGUAAAGAAAAACAAAGAUCUGGAAUUUUUGGCAACCGAAGCUGUACCACUACUGCGUCGGCUGUCAACUACGCAAAAUGACGCGGACCCCAUAAAGCAAGCACAUGUCUCUCCUUUAGAAACCGAGCCUUCAGUUGAUACACAAGGCUGUAUUGAUCUCUCCGCUUCCUCCACAAGGUCACUGCCGUCAAGCAUACCGACCCGGCCCGAGCCCCCCAAGUCCCGACUUGUCCAGGCACUCCAGAGAGCGGCCGAUACCUUUACCGUUUCACAACCAUAUGAGAACUUAGGCGGACAAGUGAAUACUGAAUUGCAAGCAGAUCGAAGAUUAGAUUCGCGAAUCCUUCAGCCGUCGAUCUCAAAUAUUCAACAGCUGGAUGUAGUACCAAACGCCGCAAUGACCCUCUUGCCAUCAAAUCCGGAUUUACAGUUCGGCUUCCCCCAGAGGCACGAUGGUGACUCUGGGUUUUACCACGAUAUUGCAAAAACUUCAACGUCAUCAAUACAGACUCUGCCGACUAAACGAGAGGAUUUCCAUUGUCAUCAUGUAUCGCCGUCUCCGUUGAUCAGUCAGGAUGCUCAACAGCUCACGGUUAACCAUCGGCAACUCGUACAGUCGACUGAUAUGGCGCACUAUAUAGCCACCAUUGAGGACGAAGUCUUGGGAAUUGAAGGAGGUUCAAAGCUGAGUGAUAGUUAUAAUGACGACCAGUGGGAAAGAAAGACCGAGGCGUAUAUUGAGUCUGUUGAACGCUCGCAGGAUGGUUAUACUACUGGCCCGUCCACGAGACGCGGCCUCACACUGCCUCUGGCAGCCGAAGAGGAUACAGGAAUAUCGAUGGUUGACUUCUGGACGAGGAAUCCUUUCGUCCACUGA